AUGGCAGAGUUCCACCCGCCCUCUCGUCGUGCCGACUUCAAGAUUGCAAUCAUAUGCGCUCUGCCGCGAGAAUUCGAUGCCGUCGCCCUGCUCUUUGAUCGAUUUUGGGAUGAAGACGGCGAUAAGCUCGGUCGGGCUGCCGGAGACACGAACCAUUACACGACCGGCCGCAUCGGGGCUCAUGAUGUUGUUCUCGUGGUUCUUCCCAACAUGGGCAAAGCGGGUGCGGCAGCGGCAGCGGCUAGCUUCCGGCUGAGCUAUAAUAACCUCAAGCUUGCGUUGCUUGUAGGCAUCUGCGGCGGGGUGCCCAAAAUCGCGGGGAACGAGGCCCUUUUGGGAGAUGUAGUGAUCAGCGAGACGGUGGUUCAAUACGACUUUGGCAGGCAGUACGCGGAGAAAUUCGUCCGCAAAGACACAGUUGAGGACAACCUCGGCAGGGCCAACAAGGAUAUCCGCGGUCUCAUCAAAGCGCUUGAGACGACGAGAGGGAGACGAAGGCUCGAAGACAAGGCUGCCGAGCACCUCAAGGCCCUCCAGCGCAUCGCCAAGGGCGAGAGAGGGAGUGCAAAUUACCAGUAUCCCGGCGUCUCCGAAGACAAACUUUUCGCGUCUGACUACGAUCACAAGCAUCAAGGGUUGUGCGACUUGUGUACUAGUGAAUCAGCAACCUAUUGCGACAAGGCGGCGAAGGCCUCUUGUGCCGAGCUGGGAUGCGACGAGAGGAAGUUGGUCGUCAGGAAGCGCCUGCAAGCCAGACAAGACAUGACUGAGCAUGACGCACAGCGUCCUGGGGUUUUCAUCGGGCGCAUCGCUUCGGGGGAUGGUGUAGAGAAAUCAGGGAAACACCGCGAUGAGAUUGCACAAGCGGAGGAGGUCAUCGCGUUUGAGAUGGAAGGCGCCGGAGUAUGGGACGAAAUCCCAAGCAUCAUCGUCAAGGGAAUCUGCGAUUACGCGGACAGUCAUAAGAACAAGAAGUGGCAGGAUUUCGCAGCGGCCACAGCGGCAUCUGUGGCAAAGGCGCUGCUAGAACGAUACACCCUCAACGAUAUCGACGCUCGUCCCGGACCUGACCCCCGUAGGUCUCCAUUUAUCUCACACAGCCGCUGA